AUGGGUUCUGCGGGCUCGCGUUCGGCGGACAAAUCGUGGAAUCUACUGAGACCAAAGAUCCCCUCCAGGCACUCCGAUUCUAAACCUCAUUCCAGGCCCCUUAAUCGCCGUCCGUCCCUCACGAUCCCCUCCUCGGACGACUCAUUUCCGCCAAGACCGUCAGCAGGCGGACGCGCAGGAGGAGGAGGAUACGCCGCAGGACACGGCGCAGGAUACGGCGGCGCUAUUCAAGGCGAAAAUGGUUACCCAGGCAACAACGACGACAAUGUUCGCCAUGACGCGAAUCUGCCCACCCCCGUGGAGUUUUCAUAUGAGGAUCUCGUAGCGGCUACAGAUGGGUUCAGUGCGGUGAACGUCCUGGGCGAGGGUGGUUACGGGAAGGUGUACCGCGGGGUGGUUCGCGAGGAGGCGCCAGAUGGCAGCACGGUGGAGCGCCACGUGGCAGUGAAGCAGCUGAAUGACGAGGGACGGCAGGGAUUCAACGAAUGGCUGACGGAGGUGGUGUUUCUGCGUCGCCUGCGCCACCCCCAUCUGGUGCAGUUUGUGGGGUACUGCACGGAGCAGCAGCAGGCACUGCUCGUGUACGAGCUCAUGGCCAAUUCAUCGCUGGACUACCACCUUUUUGACGACACCCGCCCCCCUCUCACGUGGCAACAACGGGUCAAUGUUGCUCUCGGUUCCGCGAAGGGGUUAGCAUACCUGCAUGAAGGCACGGAGCGGCAGGUGAUAUUCAGAGACCUCAAGGCGGCCAAUAUACUCCUGGAUGAGAACUUCAAGGCGAAGCUGUCAGACUUUGGAUUGGCUAAGGAUGGGCCGGCAGGGGAGAACACGCACGUGUCGACGAUGGUGGUCGGUACCUAUGGGUACACCGCUCCUGAAUACCUUCAGACUGGACACCUGACAGCAAAGAGCGACGCCUAUGCAUUCGGGGUCGUCCUCCUGGAGCUUCUCUCAGGGCGGAGAGCCGUGGACAUAGACCGACCGGGCGACGAGAAGAACCUCGUCUUUUGGGCCAAACCAUUCCUGGCAGACAGGAAGAGGAUCGGUGAGAUAGUGGAUCCGAGGCUGGAAGGGCGGUUCUCGCACAAGGGAGCUCUCAAGCUCGCGGUUGCUGCGCACUGCUGCCUGCAGGACGCGAAAUCUCGGCCGUCGAUGGCCGAUAUGGUGCAGACUUUGACGGCUCUGAUGGAGAUGGGAGAGGGUGCGAGUGGUGGUAGUGGUCGUGGCGGUGACACGCCCAGAACACCCAGAACACCAAGAACACCCAAAACACCAAAAACACCAAAAACGUUGAAAACAACGAAUACACUGAAACCAGUGGGCAGUGCAGGUGGUGAUGCUGACACACCUGCUGCAUCCCAAACAGCCUCUGGAGCCAGUGGUGAUGGUGCCAGUAUUGCAAGAGCUGAUGCACGUGUGGGUGGUGAUGCUGACACACCUGUCGCAUCCCGAACAGCCUCUCGCCGAACACCCUCUGCUGUCAGUGGUGAUGCUGGCAUUAAUACAGUUGGUGGGAGUGAUGGUGGUUCUUCUGGUGGUGCUGCUGCCGCUGCUGACGGUGGCCAAAGUGCUGCUUCCUAUGAUGCAAAAUCGUUGCAUCGUGUACAGGUGGUAGCAAAGGGAUGA